UUCCACACCCACGAUCAGUCAGAUCCUAAGAUGGCUUCACAGACGCUGCUCCGCGCUGCGCUGCUGGUCGUGUUGUCCGUCAUCCUCACGCUCCUGCUGGCCUUCGCGUUGCCCGCAGCUCUCACGUGGCUCGCGCACUGUGCGGGUUUCUCAGAGGACACCGGGGCCACGCACUGUCUCGCGCUGCUCUACGCGCUGUUCGUCCUGUGCGUGGCGAUGCCCAGGAUCCCGCGUGGAUCUGUCUCGGUUGAGGGGAAGGCCGUGUUUGUUACUGGAUGUGACAGCGGGUUUGGACACGCUUUAGCCAAACACCUUCAUAAACUAGGCUUCACCGUGUUUGCUGGAUGCUACUUGAAGGAUCAGGAUGGCGAAGGGGCAAUGGAGCUGGAGAACAUGCACUCUGACAGACUGAAGGUGGUGCAGCUGGAUGUGUGCAGUGAUGAACAAGUCUCUAAAGCGAUGGACUUCAUCAGGACCAACCUGAAGAACCCAGAGAAAGGUCUAUGGGCCGUGGUGAACAACGCCGGGGUCUCUAAUUUCGGGGAGGUGGAAUUCACAUCCAUGGAUACGUACAAGAAUGUGUCAGAGGUCAACCUGUGGGGAACCAUCAGAGUGACCAAAGCCGUUCUGCCUCUGAUCCGCAGAGCCAAAGGACGUGUGGUGAACAUAGCCAGCAUGUACGGCCGGAUGGGAAACGUUCUGCGCUCUCCAUACUGCGUCUCUAAAUACGGUGUGGAGGCCUUCUCCGACUGCCUCAGGUACGAGAUGAAGGCGUGGGGAGUCAAAGUGGCUGUCGUCGAGCCGGGGAACUUCAUCGUGGCUACAGGGAUCCUGACGCGUGACAUCGUGGCCUCGACGGCAGAGAAGCUGUGGAAGGAGGCGUCUCCUGAUGUGCAGGAGGACUACGGGAAGCCUCACUUCGAGCACUACAUGGCCCUGAUGCGCUCCUACUGCAACAGCGGCCAGCGCGACAUCACGCCCGUCCUGGACGACAUCACAGAUGCCAUCGUGUCCAAACGGCCAUACACGCGCUACAACCCCGUGGAGCCGUACUGGUGGAUUCGCAUGCAGGUCAUGAAUCAUCUCCCAGGAGCCAUUUCAGACCGUCUGUAUUUCUGAAGCGUUUCCAUUCCUCUAUCUAGUAUCUGUUCAUUAUCACACCAUUCUUAUACUUCAUCCUUACAGUUAUAUAACAACACGGUGACGCUCCUGCAGAGUUCUGUGGUUCUGGCCAUUCACAUGACAGCUGAUCAAUAAUCACUCCAGUUUUUUUUUUUUUUUUAACUCGUUCCACUCUGAUCUAUAAUGCGAGUCAGAUUAUCAUGGACCAGAAACUUGACAAGUUGAUCUCCUGAGUAUUACAAACAGAAAAGCAGUCAUCGCAAUUAUAUAAAAUCCUUAGUCCAAGAGAAAGUAGCACAGGAAAAGAAGAGAAAAGACUUUACAUGUCUCAGGGGAAGCACAUGACAGCCUUCACACGAGCCUUUGUGAGACACUAGCUGUUGUAGGACAGAGCUGACUCUAUGGGGGCGGGGAUUAGUUUGACGAAUAAAUUCGAAUAAUUUGAAUAAAAUAAAUAAAAAACAACUGGGUUGACUGGUCCUACUGGGUUAAAAUCUCAGACACAAAAUUGUUCCCUUGCUGGUCAUAGAGACAAUUAUUAAUGAAGUCUUACAAUCGUUCAAUCACACGUUCUUGAGAUGUAUAUCGCUCUGUAGAGAAGCUCAGACUGCAAACCUGAACACGUUUUAAAAAAUAAUGUGUUUGUUUCUUGUUUUUUUGGUUGUGAACGGGAAACUGAAAAUCCUCCGAGUUUUACAUCUGCCUCUGGACUUCCUUUAUAAGUGAGGUUGAAUUAAACAGUGUUUCUGUUCUUAUUUCAGUACAGAGAACCCAGUGGGAACUGUGUGUAAACCGUAUGCACACUACAGACAGGGUGGAUUUUAGAUCGGAAAAAAAAAAAAAAGCUGGAGUAUUUAUUUAAUGUCAUUACAACUUAAGUAUUAAUAAUCUUAGUUAUAAAUAAACCCGUUGAAGUGGAGAGAUUAGUCAUUAAUCACUGCAGCGAUAUCGGUCACUUCAAGUACUUUCAAAAGAGCUAAUCCGUGUUAGAUGUAGUAACUCUCUCUCUCUCUCUCUCUCUCUCUCUCUCUCUCUCUCGCUCGCUCGCUCAUCUGUGAUAAAUAUAUAUAAAAUAUACAUAUUUUCUAUCUACAAAGCUCUCUAUAAAAGUUACAUGUAUUUUAAUAAGACACUGAGCGUAUAAAGUGUGAAUCGCCCACCACUGGAUAAAAGAGGAAGACUGUGGUCGUGUCCAGACUUCCACAUAAGAGUUAUGAAGCAGUCUGUGAAGCAAAAUCGAGUAUAUUAGAGUAUCAGCGUGUUCACCGGGCUCUCGUUCAGCUCACGUGAAUUUGUUUAGAAAUCUAUACAUCGAUCUUUUUAGUGAUGUGAAAACUUUUACCUUCUUUCUAACGGGAUUGAGGAAUCCUAAUACUAAGACAUGCCAGACUUGCAGAAGAUUUUGAGUCUGUACAUCAUUUAUAGAGCAUCUUCAAUGCAUUUAGACACGCCCACAAAACACCAUAAAAGGUAAAGCUCACAUUCUGGACGUUUACAUGCAAGAAAAGUGAAUUGUUCAGAUUCAGAUCGAAAAAGCCAUCAUGUAAACACCUGAGUCGAUCUGAAUUGAGUUUCGGGGGAGGUGUAGCUUUGAAAUAAUCCUAUAAGAAAUUAGCAAAGUAAAUUUGCUUGCACAGUAGUGGUGUGAAAGCGAUGACGGAGGCACAGAAGUAGAAGUGUAGACAAAUAUUUAAAUCGGAUUGCGAUGUUUAGGGUACGAAUAAACAGUAUUUGGGAACCUGCAAGCUGAAAACAUCAAAAUGGUGAUUAAACAGCGAACAAGUGCCUGUUAUGGCUUAGAUUCAGUGCUUUGAAUCUUCUAGCGAUACAUAUCAGUUAGCAUGGAAACACUAACUCAUCCUGCUUUUCUAGGGUGCCAUUACUUUUAUCCAUCUUCUUUAUGGACGCGUUUUGAUUAGCUUUCGUUCAAAUCAUUCGUAAAUGAGUGAGUUCGUUAAAGUCGUGUAUAUCUUUGUAAGAAAUAAGUGAUUUAAAGACGAUGCUGCGAUCCGAAGAUAAAAUCAAUCACAGUGACGACGCAUCACCAGACAGAACGAGUCGAAUCUCAUCGAACGAGGUUCACUUUAUAGCCGUAAAAACUCACUGAGGAUACAAAAGAGUUUUUCUAAAGUCGCUGGAGUUUAUUUUAAUGUUUUUAUGUUAAUGAUUUAUGAAUAAAUCCAGUUUAUUGUGUAUCCACUUUGAUAAAUGAAGCUGACGAGGUGUCGUUCUGAGGCUAUACGUGAGUUUUAAGUGUUUCUGGCUCGGCCAGCAGGGGGAGCAGCUGGACAACUCUCUUGCGUUUUUAUAACAGAAAUUGUAACGGAUUUUUAAAAAUUGAGCUUUCCUACAAUAAAAAUUCUUUGAAAAAGAAA